GCGCAAUUCAGCACUUGCACCCCCUACUCGGCCAUUCUGUCAGAUUGUUCAUCGUAUCUAGGUACGACUUGCUAUUGCUCCCUUUCAAUGAAUGACUGUCCCUCAAAAAAAAAAACCUCAAAUCCCUAAUCGCCGCCACACCAUGGCUCCCCGACUGCCACACAUCCCCCUCCCUUACCGUAUCCUCCUGCUCUGGUUCGAACCCCUCGCCGCUUUGAACGGCGCAAUUCUCUGCCACUUCAACCCGGUCCUCUUCCUGGAUACAAUGACCGCAAAAGCUGUCUUCGCUCCCUCGCACCAAGUCAUAUUCGAUCAGCUCUCGGCUACGUACACCCUGUUCGCUUUCAACGAGGCUGUCGUACUCCGUAUAACUAAAGACUUAAAAGUGUGGAAGGCAAUGGUAUUCGGAAUGUUACUCUGUGAUCUCAUACAUCUGUAUGGAAGCUGGAGUGUGAUGGGCCCACAGGUCUUCCUAGAUCCGACACUUUGGAGAGCAGGGGAUGCAUUGAAUCUAGCGAUGUUGUACGUGCCAAUAAUGAUGAGGCUGUCUUUUUUAAUGGAGAUCGGGUUUAAGAAGGAGGGGAAGAUAGAGUGAGAGACUUACCAUUCGUCCAGGGCUGAGUCAGAGCUAAAGAGACCUACUCGACAAAGCGGGAGAGCGGGGUCUCCUACUCAUUUUCAUAUCUACGCUCGGUGAAAACCCGGCUCUCCACUCCGUAUAGGAGUUUGUGGUAUUUAUAUUCUCCUGAUAGCGGAGACCCAUGCUUAGCCUUACACUUCCCAUAUUAUCAGGCAGCCUCUAUUCCGCGCCCGUGUCCAAUUUUAGAGAACUCUAGGUCAAUCUUGGCAUCGCAACGAACAUCAUAAAAGGCCCUUAAAUUAUUUAGCCGGGAAGAACAAUCACACCAACCAAUCGUUGGUUCUCUGUAUCUGAGCUGAAAGCGUGGAUCC